UUCGCUUAAUUAGGCGUUCACACACGCUGAAAGGGGAGGGCUAAUUGCGCACUUCUGCUCGAGACUACAAGUUCAAGGAUUAAGCAAAAGCACUGUACCUGCGUCGGGGGUAAAAUGGCCAGACGGAAAGCAAGACUUUGCUUGUGUUUCAGUAUACCGGUGAUAUGUGCAAUUAUCAUCAUUAUUAUCUGCGUGACUCGCUUUAAGGAGGAGUGUUCUGGAGGAGCUUUCAAAAAAGCAGCAGUGGCAGCGGACUCGGAAACCUGUUCAAAGAUCGGCCGAGAUAUACUGCAGUCAGGUGGCUCAGCCGUAGAUGGCGCCAUUGCUACUUUAGUGUGCACGUCAGUCAUAAAUCCCCAGAGUAUGGGCAUUGGAGGAGGCUCUAUAUUCACAAUACUGGAAAAAAGUGGCAAGGUGAGAAUCAUCAAUGCUAGAGAAACUGUUCCAAAAGUUUUUAAAGCAGAUCUUCUUGCAGAAUGUCCAGCAACAUUCCAGCCAAUGGAAGGUGCUCAAUGGAUUGGUGUCCCAGGUGAAAUCCGUGGCUAUGAGCGAGCUCAUAAGCUGUAUGGACGUCUGCCGUGGGCCAGUUUAUUUAAGCCCACUAUUAAGAUGGCAAGAGAGGGCAUCCCCAUUCCCUAUUUGCUCUCUCGUUUUUUGCCAUUCCUAAUGGAGAAAACACAAUCACAACUACGUCAGUUGUACCAGAAUGAACAAGGGGAGCUGUUAAAAGAGGGGGACAUAGUGAGAUUUGAGAAACUAGCAGAUACUCUUGAGAAAAUUGCAGCACAUGGAGCAGAUGCAUUCUACACAGGAGACAUUGGCAAAGACCUAGUCAAUGACAUAAAAGAAGCAGGUGGACACAUUUCUCUGGAGGACUUGAGUUCAUUCAGCGUAUCUGAAUCCGAUGCCUGGAACGUGACUCUUGGAGAUUAUGACAUGCACUUUCCCCCACCACCAGGAGGGGGUGCUACACUUAGCUUCAUACUCAACACAAUGCUAGGUUAUAACCUUAGCCCUAAAUCUCUGCAAGGGAAGGAGAAAAUAUUAACAUUCCAGCGAUAUGUAGAAACUUGCAAAUUUGCCAACGGUCUCAAGAGAUUCAUGAGAGAUCACAAGUUUGCUUCUCAAACGGAAGCAGUUGAGAUCACUCAGAAGCAUUUUGCUGAGAAAGUGAGAGCAAAAAUCAGCCCUGACCACACUUAUGAUGUCAGCUACUACAACGUCACUCCAUACCUGGACUCGCAUGGCACCACUCAUGUGUCUGUGCUCGCUGAGGAUGGUAUGGCUGUGUCUGUGACCAGCACCAUCAACCACAUAUUUGGAUCCAGAGUUUACUCAGCCAAAACAGGCAUCCUCCUAAACAAUGAACUUGCAGACUUCUGUGGGAAAACAGAUCAAAUUCAUGCUGGCGAGCAGCCACCUUCCUCCAUGUCUCCAGUGAUACUACACUCUCCAUCAGAGAAGCACACAGUGGUUAUAGGAGCAUCAGGCGGUAGCAUGAUCACCACUGGCAUGGCAUUGACCCUCCUGAACUUCCUAUGGUUCGGAAAGACUCUGGACAAUUCCAUCGCUGCCCCUGUCGUGUUUGUGGACUCAAAAAAUUUUCUCAACUUUGAGCCCUCGUUUGACAAGGAGGUUGUAGAGUCACUUAACAAGACGGGGCACAAAAUUAAAGCCCCACUGAUGUUCUAUAAUGUGGUUAAUGCGGUAUCAAAGGAAAACAACUGCAUCGAUGCCGUAUCUGACUCAAGGAAAAUGGGAAAAGCUGCAGGAUACUGACCUGGAGUGUAGCUGGAGACCAAUUCACAUCAGAGAUUAAGAACACUGGGCAGAUGACAAACUGAAAUAACAGCAGAAAGCACCAUCAAUAUUUGAUUAUACAGAAACUGAUCAUAUGAAUUCGCCAAUUCAUUGUGAAAAAUGUGAAUGUAAUGAAGUACUUGUGUUGUACAUGUACUAUAUAUAUUGUGCUGUACAUUAUACAGUAUGGAAAUGUUCUUUUCUAAUAGAAUGCAGAAGUUGGGUUCCAAAGGUAAAAACCCCCUUCAUUUUCUCUAUGAUUGAUUUAAAUAGAUUUUUAUUGAUAUCUUUGAUACACCUUUACAGAUAGAACUACUAUGAGCUCAGGAGUUGUUAAUCGAUUGUAUAUAGUAUGCUUUUGUUGAAGCAAUCAGUCUAUGUUAUUUCAAUUUCAUAAAAACUACAACUACCCAUGAUAUUUAAAAAAAUAUAUAUAAUUUUAUCCCCUUUUCUCCCCAAUUUGGAAUGCCUAAUGCCAACUACUUAGUAAGUCCUCGUGGUGGUGCGGUUACUCACCUCAAUCCAGGUGGUGGAGGACACGUCUCAGUUGCCUCCGCUUCUGAGACAGUCAAUCCACGCAUCUUAUCAUGCAGCUUGUUGUGCAUAACAUCGCGGAGACUCACAGCAUGUGGAGGCUCACGAUAUUCUCCGUGAUCCACGCACAAUUUACCACGCCAUUUACCAUUUAGAGCGAGAACCACUAAUCACGACCAUGUGGAGGUUACCCCAUGUGACUCUACCCUCCCUAGCAACCGGGCCAAUUUGUUUGCUUAGGAGACCUGACAGGAGUCACUCAGCACACCCUGGAUUCGAACUCACGACUCCAGGGGUUGUAGUCAGCGUCAAUACUCACUGAGCUACCCAGGCCCCCCCUACCCAUGAUCUUGAACAAAGAGAUCCAACAAUCUGAGAGUUGCUGCAAACAAACCGCCACAUGCAAGCACUGCAACGACCACCAACUUCCAUCGCAAUCUGUGAAUGAUGCAAUCAAGAUUCCCUGCACUCUCAAACUUCAUAUCUGCAUAUUAAUAGCAAUACUAUUCAAAUAUGUAGUUACUACUGUAUACUUAUCACCAGCUAAGCAUCAAUAGUUUAACAUUUUUCAAUUAGAAGUUUUUAAUUCGAUUAUGUCAUGUGCAAUGCUUCAUGUUAAUGUAGUUCAUGCCCUCAUCAAAGACGUUAAGUAGAUCAUGACCCUUCGUCUUUUUGUCCAAUUGAAAAAUAAUUUUUAGCUUCAAAUCCAAGCUUGUAAUCUUGUGAUUCACCUCAGAGUUUGCUGGUUUGGUUCAUGGUUUAGAACACUUUUAUGAAGGAUUUUCUAAAAUCCCAAUAAUUUUUUUUUUGUUGGGAAAAACACUUGGCUGACAUGGCUGAACCGAGAUGGCUGGAAAAGUGGGUGGGCGCUGUUGCAAUCUUUAGUUUCCAAAAUUAUUUUAGGGAGACUCAUAAGUUGAAAGUAAAAUUUCAUUACACUUUGUAUAUUAACCAAAAUGUUUGUGUAUUGAGUUGAUUUUUGUGCAGAGCUGUACAUGUCUCUCUUCAGCAAUAAUGAUGUAAAAACUGAUUUUUUUUAUUUUUAUUAAGGUUAGACAU